GGCAGGGAGGUGAAGCUAGUAAUGGUAACAGUAUAAUAACCAUAGAAAGGGAAAAUUUCAAGUUCCCUGCUCCACUCUAAGGAAGGAUGGAGUGGAGGGGUGAGAAGAAGUGAGAAGGAAGAAGACUUGGAGGAGGGACAUGGAGCAGAGAGACAUAUAAAGAAGCUGCAUUUGCUUCUUGGCCUUGGACUGCUAUCAGAGACUUGGAGGGUGCGGAAGGAGACCCUUGAAACAGACAUUCUCCUCCUCAGAAGUUUUGCAUUAGAUCUGCAAAAUGAUGGCCAUCUCUUUGAUUUGGGGAAUUGUUAUAGCAGUGUGCUGUUGUUUGUGGCUAAUUCUUGGAACUAGGAGAAGGCAAAUGGGUGAACCACCUCUGGAGAAUGGGUUGAUUCCAUAUCUGGGAUGUGCUUUGCAAUUUGGUACCAAUCCUCUUGAGUUCCUCAGAGCAAAUCAAAUGAAACAUGGUCAUAUUUUUACCUGCAAACUAAUGGGAAACUACGUCCACUUCAUCACAAAUCCCUUGUCAUACCAGAAAGUGUUGUGCCAUGGAAAAUAUUUUGAUUGGAAAAAAUUUCACUUCUCUGCUUCUGCAAAGGCAUUUGGGCACAGAAACAUUGACCCAAAUGAUGGAGAUACCACUGAGAACAUAAACAAAACUUUCAUCAAAACCCUGCAAGGUGAUGGCUUGAAUUCCCUUGCAGAAACCAUGCUGGAAAAUCUCCAACUCGCCAUGAAACUUCUGGUUGUUCCUCAAUCAAAGAUGCCUGCCUGGGUGACAGAAGGGAUGUAUUCCUUCUGCUACAGAGUAAUGUUUGAAGCUGGAUAUUUAACUCUCUUUGGCAGAGAGUUUAGAGGUCAAGAUGCACAAAAAAGACUUAAUCUAAAUAACCUUGACAACUUCAAGGAAUUUGACAAAAUCUUCCCAGCCUUGGUAGCAGGCCUUCCCAUUCAUGUGUUUAAAACUGCUCACCAUGCCCGGAAAAAAUUGGCAGAAGGUUUGCUCCACAAGAACCUGGGAAAGAGAUACCACAUCUCAGAGCUGGUCAGAUUUAUGAACGACACACUCUCCACCCUAGAUGACAUGGAAAAGGCCAAGUCACACCUUGCUCUCCUCUGGGCGUCGCUAGCAAACACCAUUCCAGCCACGUUCUGGAGCUUGUUUCAGAUGAUUAGGUGCCCCAAAGCAAUGAAAGCAGCUACAGAGGAAGUGAAUAAAACAGUGGAGAAUGCUGGUCAAAAAAUCAACUUUGAAGGCAAUCCUAUUUAUUUGAAUCAAAUGGAACUGAAUGACAUGCCUGUGCUAGAUAGCAUCAUCAAAGAGUCUCUGAGGCUUUCCAGUGCCUCCCUGAACAUCCGAACCGCUAAAGAGGAUUUCACUUUGCACCUCCAGGAUGGCUCCUAUAAUAUCCGCAAAGAUGACAUCAUAGCUCUUUAUCCACAAUUAAUGCAUUUAGAUCCAGAAAUUUACCCAGACCCUUUGACUUUUAAAUAUGAUCGCUACCUUGAUGAAAACGGGAAGACAAAGACUGAUUUCUAUAGAAAUGGAGUCAGAUUAAAGUAUUACUACAUGCCCUUUGGAUCAGGAGCUACAAUCUGUCCCGGACGACUAUUUGCUGUCCAUGAAAUCAAACAAUUUUUGAUCCUGAUGCUUACCUGUUUUGAGCUAGAGCUUGUGGACAGUCAUGUUAAGUGUCCUCCUUUGGACCAGUCCCGGGCAGGUUUGGGUGUUUUGCCACCAUUAAAUGAUGUCGAGUUCAAGUAUAAAUUCAAACAUUUGUGAAAAUAUGGUUGCAGAGAGAGUGCAUUAGAUGAUGUUGCCGGACUGCAAAACACCAUUGGGUGUCUGUCCCUUUGGACAGAUGCAUUUAUUGGUAGCAGAAUUGAUUCAGCUGCUCCAAUUCUGUUCGUUGAUGCUCAUGUGUGAAUCUUAACAUUUCAUCAACAGUUUCCAGACACGACCUCAGACUGUGCUAGUGAAAAAAAAAAAUAGUUUCUACAAGUACAAUAAUUUUUUCUCAUUUGAAUAAGUCAAUGAAUGCUCAUAUAGACAGGGACUGAACUUCAUUAUUUUCAGAGGAAAAAAGUCUUUUUUUUCCCAGAAUGAAGAUAUCCCAAUUGGCAGAAUUGUUUUUCCUAAGGAAACUGCCUUAUUUUUAUGAAACUCACAUAAGAGUUGUGUGAAAAAGGUACAAAUUAUGAAAGAGGUACAAAUUCACGCAAUUGUGUGAAAAAGUAUAAAUUAUGAAAAAGGUACAAAUUCACGUUUUAGUGAAAAUGCACGAUUUUUUUUAAUACAAAGAAAACGUUUUUCACCUCCUCUAUAUCUAGUAUUCAGGGCUUCUAAAAUGAUGAUCUUGAUGUCCUAAAAGAAUGAAGAUGGUUUAAUACAUUUUAAUUUAUUUUUGCUGGAAACUAAUUAUGUUAGGUUUCAACUAUCAUCUAUAAUUUCUGUAGAUUCCACAUCAAUGAAACUAUUCCAGAGAAGGCAGUUUUGUUGUUACUAUUAAACAUGUAUCAAUAAAAAAAAUGUGCUCUCUUGUGAUAUGUUUUAAAAUUGAAACUGAAUGAAACUGGUCAUUUAAAAACUUUUGAUGGGAAACAUGCAAAGUGUGCGAUAAAUGUGGCUUGGCACUGUGCUUUAUUUAAAUACUUUUUAUCUUGAAAUGACUUCUAGUUGAAAGAAAUGUAAGACUAUGUGAUGGUGUUUACUGUGUAAAACAGCACUUUGGUAGAAUAUUUUAAGUGUUGAUAUUUUGUGUUAUAGGCUACUGGAAGCACUUCAGACUAUA